GUUAUUUUUCCUCGAGAGGAGAGGCGGGGGGGGAGGAGGAGGAGAAGCAGAAACAAAACAAACACGCCGGCUAAGGCUAAACCUCCCCUCUCUCCCCCUCCACCCUCCCCAAUCCCUCACCAAAACAACUCCAAAGUGGGAAGGAGACUUUGAAACACUGGGCUUGCUUCCUCUUUCCUUCCUUCCUUCUUUCCUUCCUCGGCUCGGCUUCGCUGCCUGGUCUUCGCCUGCUCUGCUCUCUCUCCUCGCCGCUCUCUCCUCUCUCUUCCCCCUUUUGGGAAGCUAGUUCCCGACUCCGGGCGGAGGGCUCUAUUGUUGUUUAUUGUGUGGCGGGGCCGCACGCUGUGCCUCCUGCAUGGGGCUGGCUGGCUAGCGAAGGAGGAGAGAGAGAGAGACAGAGAGAGAGGGACUGAGGAAGGGAGAGGCAAAGGCUCAACCAACAGUGGGGGGAAUAGAGAGAGAGAGAGAGAGAGAGACCCUUAGCUGGCACCGCCAGGGCCGCGCUUCCAAGCGGAGCCCCAAGUUUUGUUUUGCCUGCCGCUGAGAGAGAGAGAGAGAGAGAAAGAGAGCCCAGGAAGCCACCACAGCACCGCUUAGGAGCUGGGUGCUGACCGAGGCCAGAGCAGAGAGUGGCAGAGCUUUUGCUGGAGAGUUUCUUUGGAGAAAAGGAAGGACAGAAAAUGAAGAUAAGAUCGGCUUUGAAAGAGACUGGGACAGCACCUCUUGUUCAGCUGUCUGCAGCCCUGCUUGUGAAUAUGCUAGAGAUGAAAAGGGGUUAGUCCCUUGCAAGACUUCACUAACCAUGAAGGAAAAUGUGUAAUACCUGCAACUGAACCUGCUUCUCCUGGAACAUGGCGCAGUGACAAUCGGUGACAGAAAGCGAGGACAGUCAGGGUAAGAAGAUUGACCUUUUUGGUUGGCUGUAGUUGAAGAUUGCUUAACAGAAGCCACAAAAAAGGUUUUUAAGUCAUGAUGCAAGAAUCUGGGACUGAGACAAAAAGUAACAGUUCAGCCAUUCAGAAUGGAGCAAGUUCUGGUAACCACUUACUAGAGUGUAGCCUACGAGAAGUGAGGUCAAACGGAGAGACACCUUCCGUGGAACUUGGUGCCGCAGAUCUAGCCCAUCUUCAGCAACAACAGGCUCUGCAGGUAGCAAGGCAGCUUCUGUUACAGCAGCAGCAGCAGCAGCAACAACAACAACAGCAACAACAACAGCAACAGCAAAUCAGUGGGCUAAAGUCACCUAAGAGGAAUGACAAGCAACCAGCCCUUCAGGUUCCAGUGUCAGUGGCUAUGAUGACACCUCAAGUGAUCACUCCCCAGCAAAUGCAGCAGAUCCUCCAGCAGCAAGUGCUAACUCCGCAGCAGCUCCAGGUCCUGCUCCAGCAGCAGCAGGCACUCAUGCUUCAACAGCAGCAGCUUCAAGAAUUUUAUAAGAAACAACAGGAACAGUUACAACUUCAGCUUUUACAGCAACAACAUGCUGGAAAACAGCCUAAAGAGCCACAGCAGCAACAGGUGACUUCACAGCAGUUGGCCUUUCAGCAGCAGCUUUUACAGAUGCAACAACUGCAACAACAGCACCUCCUGUCUUUGCAGCGCCAAGGUCUGCUAACAAUUCAGCCUGGUCAGCCUACUUUGCCACUGCAGCCGCUUGCUCAAGGCAUGAUUCCAACUGAACUACAGCAACUCUGGAAAGAAGUGACAGGUUCUCACACAGCAGAGGAAGCUGUAAGCAACAACCACAGUAGCUUGGACCUGUCGACAACGUGUCUCUCUUCCUCAGCUUCUUCUAAGACCUCCUUAAUAAUAAACCCACAUGCCUCAACAAAUGGACAGCUAUCAGUCCACACUCCUAAAAGGGAGAGUUUAUCUCACGAAGAGCACUCUCAUAGCCAUCCACUUUAUGGGCACGGAGUAUGCAAAUGGCCAGGCUGUGAAGCGGUAUGCGAAGAUUUCCAGUCUUUUCUAAAACAUCUCAACAGUGAGCAUGCGCUGGAUGAUAGAAGUACAGCCCAAUGUAGAGUGCAAAUGCAGGUUGUACAACAGUUAGAAUUGCAGCUUUCAAAAGACAAAGAUCGCCUGCAAGCUAUGAUGACACACCUUCAUGUGAAGUCAACUGAACCAAAAGCCACCCCUCAGCCUCUAAAUCUUGUAUCUAGUGUCACACUUUCAAAGACUGCGUCAGAGGCAUCUCCACAGAGCUUACCUCAUACUCCCACCACCCCAACAGCACCCAUCACUCCUGUUUCCCAAGGACCUUCUGUCAUCACUACUACCAGCAUGCACAACGUGGGGCCUAUCCGAAGGCGAUACUCUGACAAGUACAAUGUGCCCAUUUCUUCAGCAGAUCUCGCGCAGAAUCAAGAAUUCUACAAGAAUGCGGAAGUUAGGCCACCCUUUACAUAUGCAUCUUUAAUUAGGCAGGCCAUUCUGGAAUCUCCAGAAAAGCAGCUAACACUAAAUGAAAUCUACAACUGGUUCACACGAAUGUUUGCCUACUUCAGGCGCAAUGCAGCAACAUGGAAGGGUGCUAUUCGCACCAACCUAUCCCUGCAUAAGUGCUUUAUCAGAGUAGAGGAUGAGUUUGGGUCCUUUUGGACUGUUGAUGAUGAAGAGUUUAAACGUGGCCGUCAUAUUCAACGAGGCCGUCCUCGAAAAUUCUGCCCUGAUGAAAACUUUGGCGAGCUUGUUACACAAAACCCUACACUUAUUAAAAACAUGCAGACCAGCCACACCUACUGCUCACCUCUCAGUGCUGCUUUACAGGCUUCAAUGGCUGAGAAUAGUAUACCUCUGUACACUACUGCUUCCAUGGGAAACCCUACUCUGGGCAGUUUAGCCAAUGCUAUGCGGGAAGAUCUUAAUGGUGCAAUGGAGCAUGCGAACAGUAAUGGGAGUGACAGCAGUCCAGGACGGUCCCCUAUGCAAGUAAUGCACCCUGUGCAUGUCAAAGAAGAACCGCUAGAUCCAGAUGAAAAUGAAGGGCCACUAUCAUUAGUGACAACAGCCAAUCACAGUCCAGAGUUUGAUCACGACAGAGAUUAUGAAGAUGAAAAUGUAAAUGAGGACAUUGAAUGAAUAUGUCUGUAGUUGUGUUUCUGCAAAUGAAGCUCACGGGGAUGGAAUUUUAAAAACGUACUUCAAAAUUAGCUGUGAAAUCUCUCCCCGUUAUUGUACAGUCUGGAGGAUACACUUGGUCCAUGUUGACAGCUAUGAAAUAUGUUAACUCUUAGUGCCAUCACAAGUAUCCCAUUUGGGAGUAUUUUUGAUUUUUCUACUUUUUGUUGAAAAAAAAAACAAGGAAUUUGUACUCUGUGCAUUGGAUGGACUUGUUUGGUACUUGGGAUUCCCUCUCACAGUCAACAUCAGUGUUGUAAAUUCGUUCAACUGAUUCAUUUAUACACACUUUGGCAGCAGACUUUGGACUGCAGUUCUUCCAAGUUUUGGACACCGAAGACAUCAAGCUGAGCAUGUACACAUAAGUUGCAUAUCAAGUCUUUCCCCAGAUUUUAAGAAUUCCAAUGGACAACAUAUUUGCACAGUAUCGCAUGUUGGUUAUCACUGCCUUUACUUUUUCCUUUGAUUCCUAUUGGGAUGGGGAAGUCCUGAUGUGUAUGUGUGUAUGCGUGCAUGCGUGGGAGUAGGGUGCGUGUGUGCAUACGGAAGAGGGAUCAAAAGAACAUUCUCCCAAUUUUUGUAGUGUAGAGCUUUGAUUCCCCCCACCCGCCCCCUUCUCCUAUGCCAUUUUAAGUUCUGACCUCAGGCCUCAACUGGCCAAGGCCUCUUGAGGCUUAAUGUUUUCUGUACUUUUGUGAUGAAUGUUAAUAGGUGUGUUUAUUAUACAAAGAUGAAUGUCCUUCAAAUUGUUUGUAGUUCUUUUUCUGCCAUUCAUUCCAGUUUCCUUUAGAUGCCAUCAUAUUCCAUUUUGGGCUAUUAUGUCCCCUUCCCCCCUCUCCACAAGAAAAAGUUCUCAAAUGCUGCUUUCACCUGUGCAAAGUUAUCUUCUAACAGAAAAGAAAAAGAAAGACAGUACUGCAAGAGUGAGAAUGAAAAGCAAACCAGCAUAGAAUGAGUACAGACUAUUGUUCAUAAGUCAUUCCACAGAGCAGUAUAUAUUGUCAUCAUGGUUCAAAUGUUUGUUUCUCCGGGGUCUUGCUUGGUUGUUUUUUGUUUGUUUGUUUUUGUAGCAAAUGUGCAUAUUUAGAAACACAGAAUUUAACAACAGCACACACACAUGAACAUACAUGGUCCAACAGAGUUUGUUUUUCUUUGCUUCUUAGCAAACACUUUUGGGUCUUGGAAUAGUUCUGAAAUAUUUACCCAUCUGUGUAUUUUGUUCAAAUUUUGCAAACAGGCACUAUGUUUGGUGAUUCAAAAUGUCUGAGGAUUGAUUGGUGGCAUCUAUCAGUUUGGAUAGAUUAUAGGAUCAGGAUCCCACCCAUUGGGCAAUCAAUAAGGCUCAUGUUAAUAUUUUUAACUGGGCAAACUCUCUUACUGCUGUUAAGGUCAUUACGUUGUAUCACAUUGACCCGUAUCAAAAAUUAAUAACCUAAGAUCUGUGGGUGAAUUAGCACUGUUGCAAAUUGCCGUGUUCUUCACAGCAAAUGUGGGCAGAUAGCUGUUGUUAAAAUAUCGGUACCCCUUUAUCACUGGACAUCUAUACACUGUCAUUCUCCAACCACUUCUCUGUAACCCACUUAUUUAUGUCAAACUAUAGCUUUUUGAUUUCAAAAGCUUUUCUGAUCUUAAUUUAUAUUCUGCUUUGUACCCUCUCCCCCUAAAAUUACCAAAGAUAUUACACAAAGGUAAAUUAUGUUCUCUGUUAUAUGCUUUAUCUUAUGAAGCCAAAUAUCCUCUUAUUGUUGAUCAAAGGAGGUGUAAGAAUUUAGAAGCAAAUGUCAAGAUAUGGGCUACGGCUAACCUGAGAAGUAAAACUGCUCCUUUAUUAGAGUAUAAUUUAGAAGACCAAGUAGAUGGCUGAACCAAAGUUGUUGUUUUAAUUUUGUGUUCCUUUACAGUGACCAAAUGUAUUUCUGUAAAGAGAGAGCUUUUUAAAAAAGGCUAAAGCUAGGGAACAGUACUAAGUGAAGGGAGCAAAUAAGGGCAGCAUUUCAUCUUGAAAAAGUAUGAAGAUGGUCUGUUUUACAGAAAGCCUGGAGUAUCCUGCAAAGAGGCAAUGACAUAAUAUAUAGAAGAGCUCUCACAACUUAAAACUGAACCAUAUUAUAGUAUCACAAAUAAGGGUUUAUAUGCUUUUGUUUGGCCUUACAAAACUAUUCACUUUUGUUAAAAGCUAAUAAUGGCAAUUUUUCUUUUUUUUAAAAAAAUGAGUUUAUCUGUGCACAUGUUCUUAGAAUGAUUGUGACUGUUGUUCUGUUGGGAUUGUCCCCUCUAUGUAUUUUGGUCAGCAUCUUUCAAAUAGAAGAACAUUCCUAUCCCCUUAAAAUUUUUGAUACCAUCCAAAUCAGUGGGAGAUUUGCCAUUUACUACACUGGAUUGAAAUUGUUUUUGCUUUUUUGGGCUGGCAGAUAUAUUGAGAUAUAUCAACUUCUUUUAAUUCCCUGAAUUCAUUUCUUACAUUAUUUUUUAGGAGGGCAGUCUGUGGACACCAGAAACAUUUUAAAACAAAUUGUAUUGAGGCAGCUCCAUGAUGCACAACAGUUAGCUUGAAAUGAUCCCAUCUAGCUAUCUGUCUUUUGUGCUCCAAAACUGAGUGGCUUUGCUGGUUAGCGUGGUAUUCAGAAAGGGGAUAAAAACCUGGUAGAUUAGUUCAUUCUCAGCAUGUGUAGCUAGACAUGAGUAAAGAUAACAGCAUGAGAAACUGUUAGUACGCAUACCUCAGUUCAAACUGUUAGGGAAUGAGUAAAUAAAAAAUUAAAACUACAUUUCACUCAGUUGCACUUAGUUGUAUGUCUUGCAUGCAUAGUCUAAAGACUGUAGCAAAAUAAUUUAAAAAAGAAAAUAAAAAAUUAGACUUUCCAUACUUUGCAGGUAUCGCUGCCCUGCAGAAGAACCAAGAGAAAAAUCUCAGGCUUUACAGCAAGCAAACUUCGCUAUUUUUUACAAAUUUCUGAUUCUGUGUCCCUUUGGAUAAUAACAAUUGUUCCUAUAGGGUGGGGUUUAUUAUGUUGUACAUAUAUAGCCCAAUGUGUCUCUGUGAACCUUUUUGUCUUUCAGCGGGUGGGGGAGGGCAGGGUGGCGGGUAAGGAAAGGGGUGGGAGGGAGAAGGUCCUUUUUUAAAAAAAAAAGAAAAGAAAAUCGUUCCUUAAAAGGAAUAAAUGCAUACCUGUUUGUCAAAACACCUUUUGCUUUUUGUGCAACUGCUUUAUAUUACCUAUACUUUUAAAAUGCUUUGAGAAAAAUCCUACUGUAUGUAAUGGAAUUGCAGAAUAUGCUGCACAUGUAUUUUGUUUAGUUAUCCUUGCUUUAAGACUAUUGGAUGACAUUUGCUGACCUGUGGGAGAAAAUCCCAAACUCUUUGGUUUUGGCAGAUUUUUGCCCCCUUUCAGUUUCUAAAAUGUAACAUAGUUGACAGAUCUUUUUUUAAAAAAAAAUUCUGUUAUGGAUCAAAUCAUUUUUGUACAGUUUUUUGUGUUGCUGUUUUCUUUUUCAAAGUUUGUUUGGUUCCUUUUGUUUUUGAAAUACUUUCCCCAGCCCUUCUGUUACCCUCUACCACUGCCUGCUUCUGGCUGUCUUACGGGGAAAAAAGAAAAAGAAAAAAAGUUUUAAAGAUGUUUUCUCCCGAUGCAGUAAAUACUUUGCAUGAUGAAUUCCAAGGUCACACUUGCUCAAAGUUUAUCAGUGAAGUAGUGAUUAAUAAUUGAGAGUGUCGAAAUUAUUGAAUUUUUGUAUAAAAGAAUACUUUACAAGGUGCCAAGAUGUAAAGACAAUUUGUUACAUGUUUUUUUUUUAAAGAAAAGCGUACAUUAUGAACGUAGUACCAUGUAUCAGGUGAACUUCCAUCAGGAAUGAGUCAAAAAGCCUACUUUAUCUACCCACAGAUCAUUCUUUGCAACUCAUCAGGCCCUCUUUGCUUGGCUUUCUGUGAGCUCUGGUCACCUCUUGCUUUGAAGGAGGGAGGGACGAGUCUUCCUUAACAAGUGGACUCUAAAGAGCCACUUCUUCUGUUUUGCAGAUGCCAGAUGGUGCUGGCCGUCCACGCAGUUCAUCCACAGCCUUAGCGACCCCUUUUUAUCUAAAUUAAGAUCAAACCACAGACAGAAAGCUAGAAGAGAAUCCAUUCUAUUGAUUCAAGCAAACUCAAUUCAAAUACUUUAAAAACCUACUGGAUUUCUACAUUGGAGUUGAAGCAGAAGAAAAGGGGUGGGAAAGAAGUAAGGCUUACGUUUAAAAAGAAAGCCCUUUCAGAGAAUCCAACCAUAAUAGCCGUGUUUGGAUAGUUAGGGUGGAAAAGUAACAAGGCAAGACGCUAUUCUACGAAUAACAGAAAUCAUUACAUAUUUUAUAUAUCAAAGUUUUAAAAGAACUGAACUGUUGUAGCAUUCAGAAUGCUGAUGAGUUACAAUCCUUAUAGCAUGGAGAAUAUGUUUUCAACUUUUGGAAAGCUUUUGGUACCUUUUGAUUAACAUAAUUCAGAUGGAAUUUUUAGAUGCCACAGAUGAUAUCUCUCAGAUCCUAAGUCUUGAGAGUCCUAUUUACAGACGAUUCUACAUUUUUAAAUAAGCAAGCCCAGGGUAGGGAACAGAAGGAGAACUAUCUCCUUCCCAUAAGCCUUUAUGGAAAUGGUACAGUCCAGACUAUUAGCAUGGUGCUUCAUGUGUAUGUGCUGCCAGCAAAUGAGAUUCUCCAUUUGACUUUAUUUUAUUUUUUUAGGCAUACAAAAAACUCAUUCCUUACAUCCACUGUAAUUCCAUCAUUCCAUGUCUGUUGAUGCAGACAAUAAAAUGUUGUGUAGUCAGUACUUAUUACUGACAUUAUAGCAUUCUCUAAUGCAAUAAAAGUGCUGGUUGUUCACACUGGUGAUAA